GAACGCAGAAGCUUGAGAGUGUUGUGCUUAGUAAAAUGAACUUUGAAUCUUUUGUGAGAGAUCUGCUUCUGGUUCGUCACUACAGAGUGGAAGUUUACAAGAACAAAGCAGGGAGUAAAUCCACCAAAGAAAAUGACUGGUAUUUAGCUUACAAGGGUUCUCCAGGAAAUCUUGCCCAGUUUGAGGAAGUUCUCUUUGCCAACAAUGAUAUGUCCAUGGCCAUUGGGGUCGUGGGCGUUAAGCUAUCUAAUGCUGAUGGACAAAGAGUAGUAGGAGUGGGCUAUGUCGACACUACCCUGAGAAAAUUGAGUGUUUGUGAGUUUCCAGAUAAUGAUCAGUUCUCAAACCUUGAAGCUCUACUGGUUCAACUAGGACCGAAGGAGUGUGUGCUACCAGGAGGAGAGACUGCAGGAGAGAUGGGAAAGCUGCGACAAGUCAUUCAGAGGGGAGGAAUCCUGAUUACAGACAGGAAGAAGGCGGAUUUCACGACAAAAGAUAUUGUUCAGGAUCUCAAUCGCUUGUUGAAGUCAAAAAAAGAAGAACAGGUGAAUAGUGCAGCACUGCCAGAGAUGGAAAAGCAGGUUGCUAUUUCGUCUUUGUCAGCCAUUAUCAAGUUUUUAGAGCUUCUGUCAGAUGAGUCUAAUUUUGGACAAUUUGAACUGACUACAUUUGAUCUUAGUCAAUAUAUGAUUCUAGACAAUGCAGCUGUUCAAGCCCUCAACCUUUUUCAGAGUUCUGUGGAAAAUGCUAAUAAUGCACAGUCUCUAGCUGGUUUGCUGAAUAAAUGCAGAACACCUCAAGGACAAAGGCUAGUUAAUCAGUGGAUCAAACAACCACUUAUGGACAAGAACAGAAUUGAAGAAAGGUACUACUUUGAUGAAUUUAAUUCUUCGGGAUAA